AUGCCGACUAUCGUUGCACAUCGCUCGUCGCCGAUGGUUGUCAAAGCUGAAAAAACCGGUGAGGCCCGGCCUAACGCAGACUCUACCUCUCAGAAACGGAGAUUAAGAUCUGAUUCUGUUCUGAAAGACAGUCCGAUCGCUUCGACGUCAUCCCCGAUGAAGUGGAAAUCACCUCGCNGAGAUUCUACCUCUCAGAAACGGAGAUUAAGAUCUGAUUCUGUUCUGAAAGACAGUCCGAUCGCCUCGACGUCAUCCCCGAUGAAGUGGAAAUCACCUCGCAGAUGCGCCGCUGGCAGCCCAAGAACUCCGGCAAAUAAACGGAGAUUAAGAUCUGAUUCUGUUCUGAAAGACAGUCCGAUCGCUUCGACGUCAUCCCCGAUGAAGUGGAAAUCACCUCGCAGAUGCGCCGCUGGCAGCCCAAGAACUCCGGCAAAUGUAAAUUCAACACGUCACUUUUUACUUGUGAUUCGAAUCUUCUUUCACCGUGAUAUGGAGCAGUUGAGUGCAGUGAAGGAGACAUUGCACGUAUCCACGGCGCCUUCCAUGGUUGUAUGCCGGGAAGAUGAGCAGAGAAGGGUUUUUGAGUUCUGCAAACAAUGCAUUGAACUAGAAAAGGCUGGGAGUUUGUAUGCUUGUGGAUGCCCUGGGACCGGAAAAUCGCUGUCCAUGGAAAAGGUUAAAGAGGCUUUGAUUGAUUGGGCGAAGAAGAUAGUUGGAAGAAAUCAGGGGCGGAAGAAAACCAGUGGUUCUACAGCUCCUCUGCAGCAUCUCCAGAACUUGUAUUCUCAAAAGCAGCAGUCGCCUGGCAUGAAGAUGACGCUGAUUAUUGCUGAUGAGUUGGAUUAUUUGAUUACCAAAGACCGAUCUGUCCUUCAUGAUCUUUUCAUGCUAACAACUUUGCCAUUCUCCAGAUGUAUCUUGAUAGGAAUAGCUAAUGCUAUUGAUCUAGCAGAUAGAUUUCUUCCAAAACUGCGGUCUUUGAAUUGCAAGCCCAUGGUUAUAAGUUUCCGAGCCUAUUCCAAGGACCAGAUCAUCACAAUUCUUCAAGGGAGACUAGUGGCACUUCCUUUCACUGCCUUCCAGCCACAAGCAUUGGAACUCUGUGCGAGGAAAGUUGCCGCUGCAUCUGGGGAUAUGAGGAAAGCCCUUUGUGUUUGCAGAUGCGCAAUUGAGAUGCUAGAAGCUGAGCUAAGAGAAUCUGCAUGCAAUCUGAAUUUGUCACGCUUAGAGAGGGUGUUUUCUGAUGAAUGGACAGUUGCAUAUGAAAUUUCAACAGAGCAAGAAAAAAAUAUUGUAAGAGUUGAUCAUAUGGCUGUUGCUUUGUCUAAGGCAUAUAGAUUGCCCAUGGUGGAUACUAUACAAUCCCUCCCACAACAUCAACAGAUUAUACUUUGCUCAGCUGUAAAGUUUUUUCGCGGGGGAAGAAAGGAUAUGACUGUUGGGGAGCUUAGUAAAUCUUACAUGGAUAUUUGCAAAUCAACAUCUAUCCCACCAGUUGGAAUUAUGGAACUUUCAACCAUGUGCAGAGUGCUAGGUGACCAGGGGCUUCUUAAACUAGGUCAAUCGCGAGAAGAUAAAUUGAGAAGAGUAACACUUAAGAUAGAUGAAGCAGAAAUUACUUUCGCAUUGCAGGGAAUUCGUUUCUUUCGAAAUUGUCUUCAGUAA